CGGGGAAAUGCCGGCAAAGAACCCCUCUUUCCAAGCUAUACGGAAGCUCACAGCAGGAAUGAUAUACGAGUUCUCUGUCAUCGCAAUCGGAACAGAUGGAAGCAAAAGUGAUCCAGGAAUACUGGUAGAUGGAACACUACCUGCAACUCCAGAUAAACCACUUAUUCUAUGAUUGGUUCAACAACGGCGACAUUGUCUUGGAAUCCAGCAAAAGGAGCCGAAAGCUACAUCAUAUUCGCAAGAGCCAAAGGAUUUGAAAAAAAAUUCAAAAGCAACACAACGAGGGUUGAAAUCGACGGCCUCCAAUCCGGUACAAAAUAUGAAUUCACUGUGAUCUCAGUUGGAAUCAAAAGGAGAGUGAAUUAUUUUGAAAGUGAAAAGAAACGAGAACAAACAUUAACAUCGCCACCUGAGGGUUUCAGUCUCCUCAAUUCAACUUCGACUACAGUUGAACUAACAUGGAAUAAAAUGAAAGGAGCGGUCUACUAUGUUGUACAAGUUCGACUCGCAGACGGAACCUUUGUUCAGAAAUACAUCGCAUUCAAAUUGCCGUACACAGUGAAGCGCCUCAAACCUGGUGUCGAAUACAAGUUUUUUGUUGGAAGCGUUGGAACGAACUUCAUCGAAUCUGACUUUGGUGAACCUAUACCUGUGACUACAAUUCCUGCUGCACCGAAGCCACCAACGAUCGUGGACAUCAAAGAUACUUCUGUCAGCUUUGAAUGGAAACCAGUAGUAGGCGCUGUCAGAUACAUCAUGUCUGUACGUGAAGAAGGAAAAGUAAAAGAACGUUCGAUUAACGUGGACAAAACAGAGGUUGAGGUGAAAGGUCUUGAACCUGGAACUCAUUAUGUUUUCUACACUUAUUCUGUCGGUGCGGGUGACAUUAUCAAUUAUGAACCAAGCGGAGAAGUCACCGCUCAAACAGAUCCUGCGAUUCCUUCAAAUGUUGCUUUUGUAAACUCAACACUUCUUCAGUAACUUGAGCUGGGAUGAAAUAAAAGGCGCUCGCUAUUACGAAGUAUACGUUAACCAAGACGGAAAAAGCUUUUCCAAUUUGACGUCUCGUGGGAAUGUAUACACAGCCUGGAGUUUGAAGCCUGGUGUUGUCUAUGACUUUACUGUAUCGGCAUUUGGGG